UUGCUUAGGGAUGAGACUAAAUCAAGAAACAGUAUUGGAAACAUCUCGACUAUUUAUGGUCCCAUAUCUCCGCAUCUAUGUUCCAAAGUAUCACAGUUGGAUGCAAGAUUCGUGGUUGAGAGCAAGUACAUCUUCGGAACAGCUUACACUGGACGAGGAAUUUGAAGCCCAAGAACAAUGGUGUAAUUUAGAUGAUCGAUUAACUUUUAUUUUACUUAGUAAACAAUUAUAUCAAGAUUAUUGGUUAUUGAAUAAUAAUAAAACGGAUACAAUUGAAUCACAAUUAAAUGAUUAUGAAAAUGCAGAAAUAUUUUCUAUGAUUGGAGAUGUCAAUUUAUUCAUUACAUAUUCUCAUAUUGUUAAUGAUUUUGAAGGUGAAUUGUCUGUAAUGAUUGCUGAAUCAAAAUAUCGUGGUCAAGGUUUAGCAGCUGAAGCAUUAGCUGGUAUACUUGAAUAUUCUGGUAGACAUUUACCAAUGAAAUUAAAUUCACUAGUAGCUAAAGUAUCAAUGACAAAUGAAUCAAGUAUACACUUUUUCCAAAAUCGUUUAAACUUUAUUGAAAGAUCAAGAAAUACUAUAUUCAAUGAGUGUUCUAAUGGAAAUGUCUACCUCUCUCUCUCUGUGUGUGUCUAUCUCCCUUUCUCUACGCACACACAGAUUGAAUUUGUACCGGAGAUACAACAAUUGUCAAGUGAAGAUCAAAAUCAAUCAAAAUUUAGAAAUCUUGCUUCAAAUACAUCUCAAUUGAUUAUAGAUCGACUAUUGGCUAAUUCAUUAGGAUCUACAUCUUUUAAAUGGUACUACACAGAAAAGGAUUUGAAUUUAUGGCGUCAAACACCAAGGGAAUGACUUUUUUACCUUAUUAUUUUGUACACAUGAAUAAAUGUGUUUUU